CUGAUAAAAACCCUGUUUGUUUUAUUGCCCUUUGGGCGACACCCAGGAGAUUUCAGAAACAGCCCGUAGGGGGAAGAAAGCUCCCGGUUAGUGUUGGCAUGGGGCUGACUUCUCUCAGCUCCUGAAAUUGAACUUGAGGGGGUCCCCCCAAGCACUUUUUAGGUUCAGAUAGGCCAAAGUGAGAAUCGUUUUUACGAGUGGUGGUGUGAGAAGGAGUUAAAUUCAUAAUCUGAAGGCAGCUGUGGCCAAAAGCCGAAUGCCAACUUAAUAUCAGGAUACUUAUUGCACUUGCUCCAGGGUCCUAUUUGUGCAUAAGGGCAUUCAAAAUAGACUUACCGCUGUCUCGCAAGACGUCUCUGUUAGGCAGGAGUGCCUAGGAGGGGGAGUGGGGAGGAGGCACUUGGGAAAUGCCACAGUAAGCCCUUCUCUCUACUUGGGGAAGUGUUGGUGAUCAUAUGCACACCAUCUGCAUUUCAAUACAUUGUUUCUCUUGUGCUUGUCUCAUAUAAAGUCAAGAGGUACGUUUUCAUCCCUUCCUGUGCCCGAGCUGCAAAGGAAGCAUUCUUCCAAGAGAGUGGUGCUCAGCAUGGCGGGGAUUCCAGGGCUCCUCCUCCUCCUCGUCCUCCUCCUCCUUCUCUGUGCUGUCGGGCAGGUGAGCCCCUCCGGAGCCCACUGGAAACCCACCUGGCCUGCUUACCGCCUCCCCGUCAUCUUGCCCCAGUCCACUCUCCACUUAGCCAAGCCAGACUUCGGGGCCGAAGCCAAAUUGGAAGUGUCCUCCUCAUGUGGACCCCAGUGUCAUAAGGGAACCCCACUGCCCACGUACGAAGAGGUCAAGCAGUACCUGUCUUAUGAAACGCUCUAUGCCAACGGCAGCCGCACAGAGACCCAGGUGGGCAUUUAUGUCCUCAGCAGUGGUGGCGGCGAGUCUUCGGGCAAGUCCCGGAGGAAGCGGCAGAUUUACGGCUACGACAGCAGGUUCAGCAUUUUUGGGAAGGACUUCCUGCUCAACUACCCCUUCUCGACGUCGGUGAAGCUAUCCACAGGCUGCACAGGCACCCUGGUGUCGGAGAAGCACGUCCUCACGGCUGCCCACUGCAUACACGAUGGCAAAACCUACGUGAAAGGGACCCAGAAACUCCGCGUGGGCUUCCUGAAGCCCAAGGUUAAAGAUGGUCGAGGGGCCAAGAACUCCAGCGCAGCCGUGCCCGAGAAGAUGAAAUUUCAAUGGAUCCGAGUGAAACGCACCCAUGUGCCCAAAGGUUGGAUCAAGGGCAAUGCCAACGACAUCGGCAUGGAUUAUGACUAUGCUCUCCUGGAACUCAAAAAACUCCACAAGAGAAAGUUCAUGAAGAUCGGGGUGAGCCCUCCCGCCAAGCAGCUGCCGGGGGGCCGAAUCCACUUCUCUGGUUAUGACAACGACCGACUGGGCAACUUGGUGUACCGCUUCUGCGACGUCAAAGAUGAGACCUAUGACCUGCUCUACCAGCAGUGUGACGCCCAGCCCGGGGCCAGUGGGUCAGGGGUCUACGUGAGGAUGUGGAAGAGACAGCAGCAGAAGUGGGAGCGAAAAAUUAUUGGCAUCUUUUCAGGGCACCAGUGGGUAGACAUGAAUGGUUCUCCACAGGAUUUCAACGUCGCUGUUAGGAUCACGCCUCUCAAGUACGCACAGAUUUGCUAUUGGAUUAAAGGAAACUACCUGGAUUGCAGGGAGGGGUGACACGUUCAUCCUUCCUGCGGCACUUAAAGUUCUUCGUAUCCUUAUUUUAGGAGAGGCCACAUGUUGUCAUUGGUGUGUGUGUGUGUGUGUGUGUGUGUGUGUGUGUGUGUGUGUGUGAUGUGUCAUAAUAUCUUUUACACCAUUUUUUAAAAUUGCAAGAUGACUGGCAUCAUGAUUUGAAAAUCGGUUUGUGUAUCAUGUCAUAUCAUUUGAGCAGUUGGAAAGCCUACUUUUGCAUAGAAAUAAAAAGCAUACUGAUGUUUGGGGCAAUGGGGACUCUUUAGCGAUUAAGUUAAUCUUUCACUUUUUGAGAAUUUUGAUUUUUGUUUCCUCUGAACUUGUUGCAAAGGUUUAUAUUAAGUAUGUGGCAUAUAGGAGAUAUAAUUUCUAAUGUGUGUAUAGUGUGUACUUUCUCCUGAGAGUCAUCUUAUUUUUGUUCUGUUUGUUUUUUAAAUUCCUAAUCACUAA